AUUCGCCGUCAUCUUAUACCUGAGCUGUUUGUACCAAUUAAAGCUCAUAGGUAUAUGGCCAUAAAGACUAUGCGUCAAGAACUCUUUCUUCUUAUGUUAUUAUUAUUAUUGAUAGGUCCGACGGCGGCGUUUGUUAACAAUGUUAGCGACGUGCCGGGUAUGGCUCGAGCGGGAGAAGAAGACCAGGCGGCGGCGCCGGCGCCGGCGCCGUCGGGCGGUCGUUUAGGCCAGUGCAACUUGUUCAGGGGGAAAUGGGCCGUAGAUCCAUCGUAUCCUCUGUACCAGCCCAGCAGCUGCCCAUUCCUCGACCCGGAAUUCGAUUGCCUCAAAUUUGGCCGCCCCGAUAAACGCUACCUCAACUAUGCUUGGAAGCCAGAGUUUUGUAACUUACCCAGGUUUGAUGGGGUGGAGCUGUUGAAGAGAUGGAAUGGGAAGAAGAAGUAUGGAGUAACUUUGUACCUUUAUCACACAACAUACUUGGUGGAUAUAGUAAAGGAAGAUACAGGAAGGGUUUUGAAAUUGGAUUCCAUAGAACAAGGCCAAGCAUGGCUAGGAAUGGACGUCUUGAUCUUCAACACGUGGCAUUGGUGGACUCAUAAGGGACGAUCUCAACCAUGGGAUUAUGUACAAGAUGGGUCAAAGGUGUACAAGGAUAUGGACAGGCUGCUGGCAUUCUACAAGGGCUUAUCAACUUGGGCAAAAUGGGUGGACCUCAAUGUUAAUCCUUCUAAUACUACAGUCUAUUUUCAAGGAAUAUCCCCCACUCAUNUCUCAGCUUAGAAAAGACGCGCACCCAUCUACGUACGGUGGGGGUGGCCAUUCAGGCGUGGAUUGCAGCCAUUGGUGUCUUCCUGGACUCCCUGAUACCUGGAACCACCUUCUCUAUGCUUCUCUAUUUAUGUGAUGGCAAUAUACGAUCACCUCGUAC